CACACGCCGAAGAACUCCUAUAAAUUAAACGACGGUCUGAUCCAAAUGCUGAAUACCAAGAAUACCCCCCCCUAAAAACUCGCACCAAGAAAUUCCCGCAAAAGAUGAAGAGCAGCAGCAACCAAGAAUCACCACCUCUGUACCCCUCCUUAUCCUCCCCCAAAGAAUCACCAAUGGCAUCACCAUUUUCCUCGUCUCCCAACAAACAAGAAAAGCAAUCUCAUGAGGAGCUUGCUCCGUCAUCAUCCUCGUCUCCACCUCCGUACAAUAUUGACAGCGGCGAGAAAUGGCCGGGGACUCAUAUCAUGGGGCAGCCUGCUGUUCCCACAAGCCAUCCGGACAACAAGAAAGCGGCUCUAUUUGGUGCAGCCGCCGGCGAUCAAGGUCAACAAGACUACCAUCACCCUUACCUCCAGGUCAAUCCUGUUGAUAAGCCAAGCAACAGUCCGAUGGAAUCCAUUCUCCACAAAUUCAACUCUUGGGGCAACAAGGCUGAAACCAUGGCCAACAACAUCUGGCACAACCUGAGAACUAACUCGUCUGUAUCUGAGGCUGCAUGGGGGAAGAUGAACCUGACGGCCAAGGCAAUCACAGGAGGUGGGUUUGAGGCUUUAUACAAGCAGACAUUCACUACCUAUCCCAACGAGAAGCUGAAGAAGACCUUCGCAUGUUACCUUUCAACCGCAACCGGACCAGUUGCCGGAACUCUCUACCUCUCCAAUGCUCAUGUUGCUUUCUGCAGCGACCGCCCCUUAUCAUUCACUGCCCCUUCUGGCCAGGAGACUUGGAGCUACUACAAGGUUAUGGUACCUUUGGGCAAGAUUGGCACCAUCAAUCCUGUAAUCAUGAGGGAAACUCCAGCAGAAAAGUACAUCCAGAUAGUUACGAUUGAUGGACAUGAUUUUUGGUUUAUGGGCUUUGUUAAUUAUGAUAAAGCAUCUAGACAUCUCUCAGAAAGUAUCUCCAGCUUUGUUGCACCUGGGAUAGCAGUAAACCCAGUAGUUGCAUAACCGAAGAGUCGACUAGUAUUGCAGGAUUCUUCAAUUUUCUUCAAAGCCGCGAACCUUUUUGUUUCUCUAGCGUGGAAGAUUUUCUUUCUCUUGUACUACAUUUUUUUUUUUCCUUUAAUAUACUAGCAUUGAAUCAUUGAUUCUAUAGAUUGUAAUAUUUUUUCAAUAAGGAUACGCCUCCAUUUUCAUGGUUUAUUUCUUUUUCGAUAAAAAUAUCCUAUGCUGGACAGUUAGCCAUCUAUAUAAGACUAUUGAGAAGAAUUUUCAGCAGAAGUCAUCUGAAGUGCUUCAAAGUCCACCACCUUUUUGGUGUCACCAAGAACCAUGCGGUUCUAGCUGUCAAAUUCUUCUCUGAAUGCAUUGAAUCCGAACUACAACCUCAAAGGAAUAAGCUUACCUCCAUUUUUAAAUUGAG